ACAACACCACACACACAUACACACACACACUACAAAAAUUAACCGCUAGCGCCCGCAAUUCACAUUUCCAAAACUUUUGAUUCGAAUUCUUCAAUCAUCACUCAUCAUUCAUCACUCACUCAUCAUUCAUCAUUCAUCAUUCAUCACUCCCUCCAUCUGUCCGUGGGUGAAAGAGAGAGAUAACUACUACCGUAUGAUCUUGGUCUACAUAACAUAACUACCUCCAGAUCACAUAUAUCAUAUACCCUCUCAUACAUUCAAUUCACUCAGACUCAAUCACUCAGUUUACCCUUCCUUUAUCUACAUCUACACUCAAUCUACACAUCUACACUCAAUUCCUCUCAAUCCUCCCCACCAACCCACCAUGCCAAAAGAAAAUAAACACGCAAGAGGAAGAAGAGAUACCCUGAAGAGAAAGAGGGAGGACAAUUUGGAAAGAGAAGAGACUCAUGAUCACCUUACUCAAGAUUUGAAAAGGCGGAGAUCGUCACAAGAUGAAGCCGUUUCCUUCAUCGCCCUGGACAACGAUAACACUUUUCCUUCAUUUUCAGCUGGCACAGGUACAAAUGCAAUUCAAGUGGCAGAUCGUCCAUAUUAUGGGUUACUCGAAGAUGAAGAACAAGAAUAUUUUAAAAGGGCUGAUGAAUUACUCGAAUUGAACGAUUUCCCUUCAGAAGAAGAAAGAAGUCUUUUCCUCGCAAAUGUAUAUCGGGAAGCCAAAGGAAAAGAAUUGAAGAUUGCUUGUAGUCAAUCAUGCUCGAGGUUAAUGGAAAGAUUGAUUUUGUUGAGUACAGCUCAACAGAAGAAGAAAUUGUUUACUCAAUUUGCCGGAAAUUUUCCUCAUUUGGUGUCACAUCGUUUUGCAAGUCAUUGUUGUGAGAUGUUGUUCAUUCAAUCCGCUUCUAUCGUUACAGAGGAACUUACCGGGGCAGAAAAGAACGAGCAAAAGAAAGAGGCAGAGGCAAAGGAUGAGGAAGACGGAGAAGGAAAAGAAGAUGAGAUUACCGAGUCGAUGGAAAGUUUGUUUCUAGCCACAUUGGAUGAACUCGAAGGACAAUUAUCCUCCCUUCUCACCGAUCGAUUCGCAUCUCAUACACUUCGACUUUUACUCAUCAUCCUUUCGGGACGACCGUUGGAAAAAUCUUCGACCAAAUCAUUACUACAAAGCAAGAAGAAGGAAAAGAUUGGUAUAAAUGGAUUGGAUACCGCCGCGACAGAGUUCUCUCUCAACAAGCGUACUGUACCGGAAUCUUUCUUAUGGGCUAUUGAGAAGAUUAUUUCCGAUACAAUUGCUUCCAUGGAUAGAGCCUUCAUUCAGGUUUUGGUGGGACAUGCUACUGGAAAUCCUUGUUUACAAUUGUUACUCGAACUGGAACUCACAAAUCCAAGCUCAAAGAAAGCUGGCAAUUCCGAACAAAAGACUCUCAUAUCUACACUUUUACCAGAUGAUAUCACGGUGGAAGGCAGUCAAUCUGCCAUCUUCGUCAAUGGUAUUGUCUAUGACCAGAUUGGAUCUAGAGUUUUGGAAACGAUCAUGACACAUGCUCCAGGAAAGUUAUUCAAACAAAUUUACCGGGCAAUCUUCAAGGAUCGAAUCGCAGGAUUGGCACGGAAUGAGAUCGCAUCUUACGUUGUUAUUCGAGUUUUAAAUCGUCUCAGCAAAGAGGAUCUUGAGGAAGCAAUCACAGAAAUCUCGCCUCAGAUUGAAGGUUUGGUUGCCAGGAAUCGAACAAAUAUUAUCAAGGUCUUAUUAGAACGAUGCCAAGCUCGACGUACAAGUACAGAAGCUCUCACAAAUAGUAUUGCUGCUGCAUAUGGAUCGGAUAAGAAUCAAUUAAUCUUGAAGAUGGCUGAUAUUUCUCUCGAAACUCUUACAGCAGCUACUGCACCACCACCUCCAGUAGCCACUGAUGAUGACAAGCCAGCUCCAGUCACUGUUUUACCUAAACCUAGUCCAUCUCAACUUCAUGGAUCUUUACUUGCUCAAGCAAUGCUUAAAAUUCCUGGACCACCUUCUCAGCUCAUUCAAAAUUCUUUGUUGGCACUUCCUACUUCCACCAUCCUUGCCCUCUCUUUAUAUCCAACCACAACUCAUAUAAUCCAAGCAUCACUUCUUCCUUCUCCACCUAAUACUCCUUCGAACCUCUUAUUUCGCCGAAAACUCAUCAACUCUAUUAUAUUAUCUCCAGUGGCAGCUACUUCAACAACCCAACCACCAAUAAUUACAUUAUCCUUGUCAUCUGCAGGAACACAUAUUCUAGAUUCUCUUCUACACACAACAACUACACCUACCUCUACUUCAUCAGCUUCUCUCUUUUCUCUUUGCGAACGUAUUGCCAUGUCCAUUCUGCCUUACGAGCCUGUCCUUAGAGAAAGUUGGACAGGAAGAAUUGUUUGGAGAAAUUGGUCGAUGGAUUUAUUCCGGAGAAGAAGGGCAGACUGGGUGAAGAGAGUUAAGAGUGGAGAUACACAAGGAAAAUCCAAUAUUCCAAAUACAGUUGUAUUGAAAAGUCAAGAUGGUAAUGCAAAUGCUAUGGUUGGAAAAGAGAUUCUGGGAGAUGGAAUUGGAAAGCCUCAUGGAAGAGGUAAAGGUGGUGAUAAAGUAUUUGGAGGAGAGAGACAAAAGAGUGCUAUUGAGUUGGCAAGAGAGAAAUUCGCUGCUCAUAAACUUGCAAGUUUUAAGGGAAAGAUUAUGCCACCUAAGGGGGUGAAAGCUACUGGUGCAAAUGCUAUUUGAGGAUUAGGGUUGGAUGAGGAUUUAUAUGAACAUGGAAUCAUGAAUGAAACUUCACGAUAAUGACAUGAUGGAAUUGAAUGGGAUGGAAUUAUUCGGUAAUCGCUUUCCAGGAACGGGUACAAGAACGAGCAUGAUUUCGGUACUAGCCCUAUGAGAAUGGACGGGUCGGGAAAAGGGAAAUUAGAAGCAACAAAUCAAACAAUGAAUGAGGGACGAACAAUUGAAGAAGAAAAAAAAAAAAGGUGUAGGAUACCAGAAUGAACGAAGCUACGAAUGUGUGAUAGCUAUUGAAAGAAUGACUUGCGGAGCUAUGAGAAAGAUUCUUUACUUGAUUCCACUUUCUUUUUUUCGUUUGUCUAUCUUUCUGGUCUGGUUUACGCUACAAUGUUCUUGAUUGGUCUAAUAGUUUUUGAUUGAUCUUUGAUAUGGUUUUAUUGCUGUCUUUCCUCUAAUUUUUGAUUACAUGACAAAUAUUAUUUAGCGUGCAUAGCAUGGAUUUAUGGAUGGGAUGGGAAUGAGACUGGAUAAGGUUGCAUUGGUGGGUGAAUGAUGAGAAGAGCUGGUUUCUUUGGAAGGGGAGAGUAGGAGAAAAGGGGAUGAUGAAUGAAGUGGAAUUAGUGAUGAGAUGUAAAUGUUAAUUCAGAAAUUAAAGAGUUAGUUCAUUUUUAUUUAGUUUUAGU